AUGGUUGAUAGAGUUACAGUAAGAGUAUAUUAUUUUGGUCAGAUUCUAUUACAAACAUCUGAAGGAGUGAGAUUUAGUUGUGAGAAGCCGUUAGAUAUUGUUAUUCCGUUCACAAUCUCAUUUGAGGAGCUAAAAGGUGUGAUUUGUGAGAAGAUAGGUUUUCAGAUAGCCAAAAGAAUAUCAUGUAUGGUAUACAGAUAUCCCAUACCGGUAUUUGGCGGUUUCGUGCAGUAUCAAACCAAGUAUGUAACCGACGAAGCGAGUAUGCAGGAGAUGUUUCCAAUGUAUUUUGAAAGUCGCAGUCAGAUAUCGGUGAUAGAGUUGUACGUCGAAUUCGAACAAUCUGAAGCGGACCGAAAUAUUGAAGGGGAAGAAUACGAUAGUGACAGUGAGGAAGAGUUUGAAAGCAAUUACGAAGCUGUUGCUCCAGAAGGUGAAGAAGAUCAAGGUGACGGGGAGGUGGCUCCAAAUGUGGGAGACGUUGCAAAUGCACUUGCAAACGAAGAUCCCUUUGAGGAGCCGUCCUUCAUGCGGGUUCUGGACUUGGAAGCCAUGCAUGCGCCGGAGUUUCCGGAAUAUAUGAGUGCCGAAAUUCCUAUGGUCGCAGAUGGUGAAUUUGCAAUCGGAAUGGAAUUCAAUUCUAGGGAAGCUGUUAUGAUGGCGGUGAAAGAUUAUACCAUCCGAAGAGGUGUAGACUACCGUGUUUAUGAGUCAGAGCCGUUGACCUUCUAUGCGAAGUGUACACAGUAUGGAUCAGGUUGUGAUUGGCUUAUCAGGGUUAGCAUGAUCAGCAGAAAGUAUUGUUGGGUUAUAAGGAGGUACAACGGUUCUCACACUUGUACUAGAGCCACUAUUUCUCAGGAUCAUUCGAAGCUGGAUUCGAACACAAUUGCGGAAGCAAUAAAGCCGUUGGUUGAGGCUGACCCGUCGAUAAAGGUGAAAUCAGUUAUUGCGGAGGUGCAGUCGAAGUUCAAUUACACCAUCAGCUAUCAGAAAGCAUGGUUGGCGAAGCAAAAAGCAGUGGAAAAAAUAUUUGGUGGUUGGGAAGCAUCAUAUGAAGCUUUGCCUAUAUGGUUUCAGGCCAUGUGUAACAAGGAGCCAUCGGCAAUCGUCCAUUUCGAGACUAUGUCUGCAUAUCAAGGUGAUGACGAAGUAACUGAUAUUCGGGUAUUGCACAGAGUCUUCUGGAGUUAUUACCCAUGCAUUAGAGCGUUCAGACACUGCAAGCCAGUUGUCCAGGUUGAUGGGACUCACUUGUACGAAAAGUAUAAGGGUUGUUUGUUGGUCGCAGUUUCACAGGAUGGUAACAAUAAUAUCGUCCCUAUUGCGUUUGCAAUUGUGGAGGGGGAGACUUCUGAUGCAUGGCACUUUUUCCUUAGUAAUCUGCGACAACAUGUUGUGACUCGGGAUGGUGUGGGACUGAUUUCUGACAGGCACGAAUCCAUCAACUAA